CGUUGUUAACCUCUACUACUGUUUCGAAUGCAUUGUUACACCGCAUGUUGCGGAUGAUAGUGGCCAUGUGUUUAAUCUUUAUUCACCUGAAUAAAGUCUGACAGGAUAAUUUAUCCAAUAAUCUUCAAACAUGAAAACAGAAAAAAAGCCCAACGAACCAAGUUGUGUACCAACCACUGUUGUUAAAGAAGAACCUGACACGGAUCCAGUUAAAAUCAAAGAAGAGGGUUCCGGAGGUAAUAAUGAUGAUACAACUGGAGAGGACACAACAGAGUGUUCUAGGGAUCCUUGUUUGGAUCCUUCUAAUGGAGAAGGUACAUUAUCAGGGGAGAAUCAAAAUAAUAGUGCAAAUCAACCAAUUCUAAAUUCAGUGAAGCAAGAAGGUGAUCAUAAUAAUCCCACAGAUGAUAUACCUGAUUGUAGUGGUAAUGUGAUUACUGCAGAUGGUAUUCAGCCAUUAGUUAGUAAUGUUCUUGGAAAACAGAUGGGAACUAGUACAGGAAGUGGUGAAGCUCAGUAUAUGCAACAACAAAGUCAAAUUUUUGUAUUUUCUACAACAUUAGCAAAUAAAGGUGCAGAUGCAGUGUUACAAGGGCAAUAUCCGUCAAUUAUUGCUUAUCAUUGUGCACAACCAGGCACUAAAAAGUAUUUAGAAAAACAUCCAAAUAAAGUAAAUCAAUUCCGUCAAAAUCCUGCACAAUGGUUAAACAAUCUUGCAAUGAUGAAACAAAAAACUCAUCAAGGAGGUACAAAUAAUUUUCAAAAUGAACAACCUCCUGAUCUACCAGCUCUUGAUCCUAAUGCUCCUCCAUUCUGGAAUGAACAACCUAAUCUAAGAAAUUUAAAUGGUGGUAAUACUCUUGGCAAUUCUGAACCAUCAUUGGAUGAUGCAAAUAUAGAUGUGCCUUGCCUUGUACCAAAUUCACCUGGUAAUUCAGCAAAUCCUCAACCUCCGAAUAAUACUACAAUGGGUCAUAGUCCUAAUUUAUUAGGAGGUACUACCAGUCCAGGUCCAGGCAGUUUACAGCCAUCUUUACAAGGUGUCAAAGUUCCAGACGAAAAUUUAACUCCUCAACAAAGGCAACAUCGAGAGGUUCAAUUAGCAACCAUUAGGAAAAUGCAAAUGAUGUUAUUUCCUGAACAUAAAGAAGAAACUACUAAUACACUAGAUGCAACACAAGGAACAGCGGUAUCAACGUGUCCUCCAACAAAUGUUCCUUCAGUUGUACCAACUCAAUGUCCUCCAACUAUGGAUUGGCAUAAAUUGCAACAUCAAUUUCUUGAUGGAAAAAAUAAGACCAGUGUUGGAAGUCCUGGAACAGGAGUUCCAUUACGAGGUGCUAAUAUGGUAGGAGUUCCACGUAGUCAAGGACCACCACCACCAUAUCAUCAAACAACUCGAUCUGCAAGUGUGCCAAUUGCGAUACAAAGUCCAAAUCCUUCUUCACCUAAUAAUCCAACUAGCAAUUUGUCUUUACCAUCACCUCGCGCAAGUUCAGCUCUAAAUUCACCUGCAGAUUGCAAUAGACAAUUUCAACUCGGUAAUCAGAGAACUAGCCAUCUACAAGGACAAAGUCCGACAAGUCAAGAUUCUCCAAAUCCAACAGUUGGGAAUGCAACAGCUGUAUCAACAACAAGACUUAAUCAUAGUAAUCCAGGAACACCUGUUUCUCAUUCGCAUAUCUCAACACUUAGUCCUAGUGGAACGACUGCUCAAAAAGAUUCUUCUUUAGACUUUCCCACCAGUCAACCUCCAAAUGUGGAUGGUAUGUUUUGCCGCACGCUGCAAUCCUUAGCCCAGCAAAAGCAGCAACAUACUGGAGCAGUAAAUGCAACAGGUGUGAAGGAAGCAAAUCUGAUGCCGGUUCCGAGUCCUCAACAGAUUCAAUAUCUUAAUACUUUCGAAGGACAAGAACUAACAAUACAAAAACAACCAAAUACAAGUUUAAAAGAUGGCAAUUUAUCUACAAACACAGCCAGCAAUACAGAGAUAUCGAACAGAAUUUUGCCAGGAACUUUGGACAAUAGUAAUCAAUUUCCUAGAUCCGAAGGUGCAAGUCCAGUUCAGAUGGAUAUGAAUCGCGGUUUUACAGGUUCUUUACAUAGUCCACAUACUCCUCAUACUCCGCAUACACCAGGCAAUGGUGCUCCACAUACUCCAGCUGAUCCUGGAAAACCUGGAAAUAAGUCUAGUGCAAGUGCACAAAGUAGUCCAGCACCGCACAACGCAAAUAUAUCGGAUAGUAUGGGUCCCCCAAGAACAGUACCAGCAUCACCUACUACAAAACCUGACACAUCACCGCCAUCGACAAAAGAUACUCAACAACAACAAACUCAACCUCAACAACAAUCACAACAGCAACCGCAACAACCGCAACAGCCACCUCAACAAUCUACAGUUGCAAAUCCAAAUAAUUCCGGAAAUACAACAGUGGUGCCUCCUUUGGGAGGUUCAAAUGCUCUUCCUUGCGGAAGACCAUCUAUUAAUGUGAGUCAACCUUCAGACAAUGUGCCUCUUAAUCCCAACAAUAUCGGAGGGCGACUCGGCAGUUUAACCGCAAUGAGUACAAAUCAUUUUGAUCCUAUAACUUCCUUAGCUCAGAUGAGUCAGCAACUUACCAACACGGCAGCUAGCAAUUCAUUAGGUAAUGAAGGACCUAUUCAUUCUGGAAAUACUGGAAUGAUGCAAUUCGGCAAUCCGCAUAGUAUGCAUAUGAUGCAAAUAGGCGGUGAAAUGAAUGGAAGUUGUCAUAUGGGUGGUCCAACCAAUGAACCAAGCGAAGUAGGAGGAAUGUGCAUGAGUCUCGCAGGACCACCAACGAGUUAUAGUCCGACAACUUCGCAUACAGGAAGUCCUGGUGUACCUAGCAAAAUAGGUCAUCCUAUAAUGGGACAUGGUAUGAUGAGUAGUCAUUCAGGUAAUGCAGCAAAUGCAUAUCCUGGUGGCGAUCCUCAUGCACCACCGCCAAGAUUAAUGACAGGUCACGUAACUGGUCCUAGUCCUUACAAUGGAGCGAACGUUCAAGUAAAACCUAGUGCUCCGAACACGAUACAAUAUUUACCGGCUAGGCCUAACGUUGGUCAUACUCCUAGAGGGCCACCAAGCUUGGACUUCCUUCAACGAUUUACAAAUCCCUUAUCUAAUUUAGAAUCAAAGAUGGGCACACCAUCUGUAAAUCUUCAGUACUUCCCGAACGGUUGUGUACCAAAUAGUAUGGGUCCACAUAGUGGUAUGCCAUCAACCAUGAGCGGUGGACUUCCUGGCAUGGGAGGUUCUCCGAGGAUGGACGGACAAUCCAUGAAUACAUCUGUUGGUGUACAUCCCUCAAUGAGACCUGUUGGCAAUAUGAGACCUCAGCCUAAUUUAAUGCGAAUGCAACACAUGGUUGGUGGCGGCGUCUUUCCAGGAAGUUCAAUGGAUCCAGAUAAAGUCUUCCCACCUGACAUGGUAUCGCAAGUUCCCAGUCAACCAAAUCCUGGUAUGUACGUAUCUGGUAGUAAAGGUAGUCCCAUGGGAUUAGGACCUCCUCCGGAUGCGACUCAGCCAUUACCUCCGAGCAUGGGUGGUGCUACUAGUAACUUCAAGAAUAGCCCUUUCGUCGGUACUGGACCAAGCAUGUCGGAUCCAAAUUAUGCUCAACAAUUCCAUAACUUCCAGCAACAACUUUAUGCUACUGGGACAAGAGGUAGUGGUCCACCACAUCCUAAUUUACAUCCGCCGCCGAACUCGCAUUCGCAUCAGCAGUUCUUUAUGCCGAAAUAAAAUGUGUUAUCUGUUUGAUCGAAGAUAAAUGUCGCGACGGCGAUAAUUUAUGAUUGUGGUGGCCUUUUUGUGUCCUUCUUGACAAUUAUGUUUAUUAAUCUUGAGAACAAUUUCGAUCAUAAGAAUGAACACGCAUUUUCGAAGAAUGUAAAACUUUAUAUAAAAUUAUUGCGUGCAAACUUGUAAAGGAUAAAGAAGUCGAAUUUGUUAAGGUUCUAUGUUGAUGUGAUGAAUAAUUAUGAAAAAUAAUUAAUGACAUACCAUUUUCUGUAAAAUGGUUUAUCAUGACUGGCGGUGGUAACGAAAUUCUCGUUCAAUUCUUUAUUUACGAAGUUGUUUAUGUAUGUGUUAUUAUAUCGAUAAGCGUUUUAUUCAUAAAUCAUGACAUUAAAGUCUUUAAUGUCUCUCGCGUCUCUAAAAUCUGUUCCAUCGUCUUAGAAAAUAUCGUUUUCGUAUCAGAAUUCACUCUGUAAAUUGGAAACAUUACAAAUAUCGCGUAGCGUUACGCGAAUCAUGUAAAUACUAAUGUAAAAUCUGAUUUCUUCGUAGUAAUCGUUAUUUCGUCGAUCGGAAUAUACGGUGAUCGUUGCUAGAGAUUUUCGUGGAUCAGAAAAAAGAAAGAAAGAACGUAAACAAAAAAAGGCAAAGAUUCUUCUCUUCCUUUUUAUUCGAAUAAUUGCUCGUGAUAAAAUACUGUGCGAGAAUUAAUGAAGUAUUUGAAGAAACGACAUAAAGAUAUGCCGGUGAAAAAUUCAUCCUUCCUUUUAUCACUAAAUAAUUGAAAAAAAAACGCAGUCAAACAAGCUCAAAUUCAUAAUUGUACAUAUAUACGAUAUAUAUUCCUGUUGCAACAUACUCCUUAAAAUAAUAUUGCCCGUCCCUUAUAUUCCCUUCACCAAUUCCCUCGUGACCAACACUGUGCAUAAUCAUGACCCCACGUAGCGUAAUGAUUAUAAGAGAAAAAGAAUAAUUGACUAAGAACAAUUAUGUUGUUGAUGAAUGAUUUUUAUUAUAAAUGAAAAAUAAAGAUAUUUACAAGAA